AUGCGAGACCUGACUUUCCUCCGAGCCAAUGGACAAACCAGCAGGACUCCCAAGAGACCCAGCUCCUUCCCUGCUGCUCUGCUGAGCCCAGAAGGAGGCCUCUGGGGGCUGGCAAAGGCCAUGGCUUCUCAGGAGAAUAUGAGAGGGAGGUUCGUGAAGUCGCUGACAGUCCAUGUCCCCGGCAUCACGGAGGCCAUUGUGUUUGGGUGGCUGUCCAUGCAAGGAACCCCUGUGACCCCGUCUAUGGGUGUGAGGGAGGAAGUCCCAGAGGGAGCAGCACACGGUGGUCGCCACAGGUUUGCAGUUGGCCGGACUCUGGACCACUGGCCUUGUGGGCCUGACAGCGUCCAGCUCAGGGCUGUCCCUGCCAUGGGUUCAUUUUAUUUCACUGUCUACAAGGGCCCGCAGCUGCUUCGGGAAGGACGGGAGGGCUGCGGGGCCAGUGGAGCCCAGAAGCCUAGCGCUGAACGCGGCAGGCAGGCGCAGAGAGGAUCGGGACGCAGCAGCACGGAGCGGGGCGCAGGCAAGGCUGUGUCCAGGGUCCUCUCCUGCCUGGCAAUGGCAGCAUUGGUGGCGCUGGUGUCCCUGGUGGUCCUGACGAUGCUAGAGGCGCAUUGCGCAGCCGGUGCGGGCAUGGGCUCUUGCUACGACGGCGCGGGUCGCGCACAGCGCUGUCUGCCUGAGUUCGAGAACGCGGCUUUCGGCCGACGCGCCGAGGCCUCGCACACAUGUGGACGGCCCCCAGAGGACUUCUGCCCGCACGUUGGGGCUCCAGGCGCCGGGCCACAGUGCCAGCGCUGCGACGAUGCAGACCCCCAGCUCCGCCACGACGCCUCCUACCUUACAGACUUCCACAACCCCGAAGACAGCACUUGGUGGCAGAGCCCGUCCAUGGCCUUCGGGGUGCAGUACCCCACCUCAGUUAACCUUACCCUGCGCCUAGG